AUGGGAUUGACUCACUCUCUGAGAUAUUUCUACUCUUCUUCCUCUGGAGUCUCAAACUUUCCAGAGUUUGUAGCUGUUGGUUUGGUUGAUGAUGUUCAGAUGAUUCACUAUGACAGCAACACACAGAAAGCAGAGUUUAAGCAGCAGUGGAUAGAGAAAGCUGCAGAAGAUGAUCCAGAGUACUCAGCACGCCAGACUAACAGGCUCAUGAACACCCAGCAGGUCUUUAAAGGCAACAUCGACAUUUUGAAGCAGCGAUUCAACCAAACUGGAGGUGUUCACAUUAACCAGCUGAUGUACGGCUGUGAAUGGGACGAUGAAACAGCUGAAGUUAACGGAUAUCAUCAGUAUGGCUAUGAUGGAGAAGACUUCAUAUCAUUUGACCUGAGGACAGAGUCAUGGAUCGCUCCAGUAAUGCAGGCUGUAAUCACCAAACACAUGUGGGACAGUGACAGAUCUCUUUCAGGUGAUCUGAGGAACUAUCACACCCAGCUUUGUCCUGAGUGGCUGAAGAAGUACUUGAACUAUGGGAGGAGCUCUCUGAUGAGGACAGAGCUUCCAUCAGUGUCUCUCCUCCAGAAGUCUUCCUCCUCUCCAGUCACCUGCCACGCUACAGGUUUCUAUCCUAACAGAGCCGAGAUGGUUUGGAGGAAAGAUGGAGUGGAGCUUCAUGAAGGUGUGAACAAAGGAGAGAGCCUCACCAACAAUGAUGGGACCUUCCAGAUGAGUGUUGACCUGGAAGUUUCAUCAAUCAAAUCUGAAGACUGGCACAGAUACAGAUGUAUGUUUCAGCUCUCUGGUGUGAACGAGGAAAUCAUCACCAAACUGGGUAAAGCAGCGAUCAGGACCAAUGAGGGUUCUUCAGUCUUCCCUGCUGGUGUUGUUAUCCGGAUUAUGGGAAUACUGCUCCUGCUGACACUCUGCUUCUCUGGAAUCUUCAUCUGGAGGAGAAAAUAUAAAGGUGAGAAAUAUGAAACACAUUUACCUUCAACAUGUUUCCAACAUUUUGAUGUUCAUGGUCUUAUAAUUUGA